UUUACGUACAGCCAACGAGCCUUGGAGAAGUGAGUUAUGGCGUUGAAAGGAUUAUCAUUCUUCACUUUCACUCUUCUCCUUCUUACCAUCUUCCCUUUAAUGUCAUCUUCUCGGCCAAACCCUGCGCAUUCCCAUAGAAAAAUGCAAUCGCAAUUUGUGUUUCCGGAUCACCUUCAUGGAUCCCAAAAGGGUGACAAACUGGAAGGUAUCCACCAGCUGAAGAAAUACCUUCAACAGUUUGGCUACUUGAACAAUGUUCAAAUUCAUUCCGAAACUAAUGAAGAUGAGUUUGACGAGUUCUUGGAGUUUGCCAUUAAAACUUAUCAGAAGAAUUACAAUCUCAAGGUCACGGGGACUUUGGACGCCAUGACGCUGGCUCAAAUGUCGAAGCCUCGAUGCGGGGUUGCGGAUAUCAUCGAUGGCAAGACUUGGAUGAGAUCAGGCAAGAAAAGAAAUGAAGGAGAUGGAAGUAGCCAUUUCCAUACAGUUUCUCACUUUGCUUUCUUUGAAGGAAACCCCAAGUGGCCAACUACAAAAUCCCACCUCACUUAUGGAUUCAUCUCUGGAACUCCGUUGGAAGCGAUAACUCCUGUGGGUAGAGCUUUUUCUACAUGGGCUGCAAACUCUCACUUCACCUUCUCGCAAGUUUCCGGCAACCAAACUGCUGACAUCAACAUAAGUUUCCAAAGGGGUGACCAUGGAGACGGUUUUCCUUUCGACGGCGUUGGAGGAGUGGUAGCCCAUGCUUUUUCGCCCUCUGAUGGCAGGUUUCAUUUGGACGCCGAUGAGUCUUGGGCGGCCGGAGUGGCUUCCGGUUCUUUCGAUUUGGAAACGGUGGCGCUGCACGAGAUCGGACACCUCCUCGGCCUCCAACACAGCUCCAUUGAAGGGGCUAUCAUGUGGCCAUCCGUUCCCGAAGGAGCUGCCAAGGGUUUGCAUGCCGACGAUAUCGCAGGCAUUAAGGCUUUAUAUAAUAGUUCACUUUAAAUUGGAAAUAUAUGAACUUCAUUCAUUAUUUUUCCAAUUUUUUUCAUGUCUGAUGUUAGUAACU